AUGCCACGCCGACUGUCCUUGUGUCCGGGCCCCACUGUGGCCCCCGUCCCUUUUGGGGACCUCCUGGAAGAAGUGGGCAGCGCCGGAGUCUUCCAGCUUUUCUCCACCAUCCUGCUUUCCAUUCCAGUUUUGCUUCUUGCCAGCCAUAACUUGGUCCAGAAUUUCAGCGCUGCUUCGCCGGGGUAUCGCUGCCACCCGGUUCGUCUCAACGUCUCCCUUUUCGGGCACCCGGUGCCCAUUGGUCAAGACUCGCAGCCGGAUAUUUGCCAAAGCUCUGUUUUAAGGCCAUCUUCUCCGAACGCCAGUGGAUCCGUGCCAUGCCAAAACGGAUGGGAAUAUGACCGCAGCAUCUUCACCUCCACCAUUGUGACCGAGUGGGACCUGGUGUGUAACCUGCAAUCCCUCAAAAGCCUGGCGCAGUCUCUCUUCAUGGCGGGGGUUUUGGUGGGCGCCUUCAUCUUCGGAGAUCUCUCAGACAGGUUCGGCCGCCGCCUGAUUCUCAUCUGGUCCCUUCUUCUGGUUGCCAUCAUGGGCUGUGGGGCCGCCUUCGCUCAAAACUUUGUGGCCUACUGCGUCUUCCGGUUCCUGAGUGGCGUGGGCAUCUCGGGUUUCCUCCUGAACUACAUCUGUCUCAGUCUGGAGUGGGUUCCCACCAAACACAGGGCGACGGUGGUCUCUGCCCAGAGCUACGUCAGUACAGCAGGGCAGUGUCUCCUGGCAGGGUUGGCGUACGGCAUCCGCGACUGGCGCUGGCUGCAGCUGGCCAUUUCGGCCCCGUUUUUCUGCUUCUUUGCCUAUUCCUGGUGGCUACCAGAAUCAGCUCGGUGGCUACUCAUGAACAACGAGCACGAAGCUGCCUUGAGGAACCUGAAACUGGUGGCCAGGAUCAAUGGGAAAGCAGCAGCAGGCAGCAAGGUUGUCUUGGAGAUGCUGGAGACUCGAAGAGAGGGCAAAUGUGCAAUGGAAAAGACUGCACACUCUUGCCUGGAUCUCUUCCGCACACCGGCCCUGAGGCGCAUCACUUGUUGUCUCAUGCUCAUCAGCUUCUCGCUGAACAUGUCCUACUUUGGCCUGGCCAUGGAGCUCUCCGUGUUUGGACUCAACGUCUUUCUGGUCCAGCUCUGCUUUGGGGCCAUCGAUCUGGUGGCCAAGAUGUCCUGCGCCCUGAUGCUCACGUUCUUCGGCCGGCGAACGAUCCAAGCCAUCUCCCUCAUUCUUGCGGGAAUGUUCCUAUUGCUCAGCCUCACUGUACCUUCCGAAAUGCCAAUGGUGCGCCUAUCCUUCGUGGUGUUGGGAAAAGGAUGCCUAGCAUCUGCCUCCAUGUGCCUUUAUCUCUAUGGAGGGGAACUCUUCCCUACGGUCAUUAGGCAAACAGGCACCAGCUCCGUCACCAUAAUGGCGCGCCUGGGUGGGAUUGUGGCUCCGGUGGUGCUGAUGGCCGGUAGCUACCAGCCCUUCCUGCCUCUGGUGAUAUUCGGUGUCGCUCCCAUCAUCUCUGGCGUUUGUGCGGGCUUCCUUCCCGAAAUGCUCAAUGUCCCUCUCUUGGACACAGUGGAAGAAGUGGAGGAAAGAGCCAGGCAGAAAUCCAGAGGAGAAUCAGAAAAGAUGGAAGCUCACAUUGUCCACUCCACCCGCUUUUGA